GCUCUCUGCAGAUGGCGGGACUGGCUUACUUAAUGUAAUACGUAAAAUGAAGUAAUACAUGCUCAGGUGGUUUGAAUACAGCGUGUUUGUCAAUUGCUUAGGAAUGCUAUAAAUAUGGAUCCAACUGAAGAAUUCAGUUUACAGAACUUGGAAGAGAUGAAAUGAGAAGAAAGGAGCACUCUCAUUCUCUUGAUUUAUGCUGAUAGAGCACAAUGAAAUGGUACGGAUGUCUUGCCCACAAGAGAUCUGCUUCAAUCGAUAGAAUAAGGCAAAACCUCAACAGGACGAUGGGGCCAGCAAGACAAGCCGCCCUCCAUGAAACAUCGGAAGAUAAACCUUUGAUGGAGCCACCUAGUCCAUCGCCAAGAAGAAGGAGGUGCCGCCUCCACGGAACCGACAGUGUGUGGUCCUGGGUGGUGGCCAUUGCUAAUUUCUCCGUCUGUUUCAUCAUCGUUGGCCUCGGAAGAAUGUCUGGCGUCCUCUACGUGGACUUCAUGAACAUUUUCCACAUCGGCAGGAAGUCUGCAUCUAUGCCCUUCAGCAUACAACAGGCGGCCAGGAAUCUCUUUGGUCCUUUAGCCGGAGUUUUAGGUCAGAAGUAUGGUGUACGUGUGGUUACUCUAGUUGGAGGCAUCAUCGGCGCUGUCAGUGCUAUUACUUGCUUCUUCAUAGCAGAUAUGCUUUGGAUUACCAUUAUGUGGGGGUUGUUUUUUGGUAUCAGCACUGCAUUUACUACGACUUUGAAUCAAGUUUCAAUAGAUCAGCAUUUUGAUAAGCAUCGAGCUACAGCAGGUGGUCUUGCAUUCUCCGGGGGAUGCGUCGGAGCUUUCCUCUUUCCAGCAGUAAUAGAACUUCUGAUGUCUCUUUAUGGAAUAACUGGAACUUUUCUAGUCAUGGGUGGAAUCAUCCUCAACGUGAUACCGGCCUCCAUGCUCCUUGGUGAACCCAAGCCCGACAUAAAUGAAAAGGAUGAUACGACAGACCAAACCGCUGCAAAAACAAAGUAUGGAUCGCUGGAAACGACUGUUGCAUCCAAUACAAUUGACGUUAGCGGUGUAAAAGAUCCGGAGACUGGCUUGAAAAACACGAAACCUAGUACUGAAGAAAGCAUUAAUUUUUGUGUAUUACGUGAAAAUAAUGGCUUUGUGUUGAGGCUUCUGUCUUUAGAUCCACUCGAAAAAGCAUUUUCUAAAGACAGCAGAGAAAACACACUGCUGCUUGUGGACAAAAUUCGUAUGCUGGAUGAGUUGGAAGAAGUGUAUGCUGCUGCAGAAAAUCGGCAAAGAUCGUUGCCCCGUUCCUCGUCUUUGACUGAAUCUAGUGCAGAAAACACCCAAGAUAAUUUGCAGAACAACAGCAGUUAUUCCAGUUUGGAUCUUGUCAAGAAACGUCUGUCCAGUAAGCGUGGCUCGAAGAAAUUUUACGAAACCCCAAGAAAGCAGUUUAUUAAGAAUAAACUAAAAGAGCUGUGUGCAAAAGACGACUUGAGAUUCAAUUCGUAUUUUCAGGAAGAAAAUCAAUCGCAAAUCCUCAGAGUACUCCAAGAGCUGAAGAAACUCAACGAAGUCCUGAGCAACAAAGAUAUAUUCGAAUCUUCCGGCGACAGUUCCGUAAGCUUUGAAUGUUACGACUCCGAAGAAGGGAAGUACCCCAUGAAGAGGUACCUCAGCAGGAAAAAGAAGAACAUAAAUAAAGGAGAUCCAGAAGCUCUACAGGGUUACCUGAUGACAGCUCUAAAAUUACAUGCCAACCCCAUAUUUCUGCUGAUAUGUCUAUGCCGUGGUGUCUUCAUGCUGACCUUCAUCCCUUUGGUUACGGUGGUUGUUGACUUUGCUAUGGACAAAGGUUUGCCCCAAGCUGACGGCAAAUACAUGAUAGCUCUGUUAUCCAUCGGUGAUUUUUUGGGAAGGUUGUGCUUGGGGUGGAUCACGGACACCGGAUGCUUGAGUCUUCCCAGGUACAUGCUGGUGAUGAUGAUGCUGUUGGGGGGCAGCACGGCUUCGUUACCCCACACUGAUUCCCGGGCGACUAUGAUGAUGGCGAUCUUGUUAUUCGGCAUUUUGAACGGUUCUCUGUUCGUCCACCAUCCCCUUUUGGUCUCGAAGUACAUGAAAAGUCACGAGAAAGUAAUUGCCAUGGGUUUUAUAAACUUCCUUUCUGGAUUCCUCGGAUUGGCGUUACCAGCAUUCAUAGGAUACUUCAGAGAUCAUCUUGGAUCGUACGAUCAGAUGUUUUAUUUGAAUGGCGCCAUUUGUUGUGGGGUGGGAUUCAUGUGGAUCCUAGAGCCGCUGUUUAUUAAAUUCCUGCCUCCAGAGAGUUCGCCUUACGACGGAUUCAUUUAUCCAAGGAAGAAAUGAGUGUGUAACAUUACUGCAACAGAUUAAUUUCAGCAAAACGCAAGAAUACUCCCAGAUAUUCAUAAACUGCUUCAAGACGUGGGAAUUUGUCUCAACGUAUCACGGAUUCUUUUCUCCGAAUUAUUUGAUCAACAUUUACUGUCAACUUUUAAUUUCGCUGUCCAAAGUGUUGUUAAUAAACCUAAAAUUUUCUUUGCCAAUUUUUA